UAAUGUGGACAUUUACACAAAAACUUCCGCAUUAUAAAUAUUUUAUAAUAUUAACGGCUUAUACUUACCUUUUGGAAAAAUCAAUAUUGCUGUGCAAUUGUGUUCAUGGCUUUAGAAAUAAUACCGAAAGUGCCGAAUUAGUAUCACAUUAUGAAUCAAGUUUGUCAUUGCCGGAUAUACUACCGAUACCUUCAAAGACUUAUGAUAAAAAUCGUGCACCAAAAUUACUUGGCCAACCGACAGUGGUUUAUUUUCACGUCACCGUACUUUCAUUAGAUUCCAUAAAUGAAGAGUCCAUGACCUAUGUUACAGACAUAUUUCUAGCACAAAGUUGGCGCGAUCCACGCUUAAGAUUACCAGAAAAUAUGAGUGAACAAUAUCGUAUACUUGAUGUUGAUUGGUUGCAUAGCAUAUGGCGACCGGAUUGUUUUUUCAAAAAUGCAAAAAAGGUCACCUUUCACGAGAUGAGUAUACCUAAUCACUAUCUGUGGCUUUAUCACGACAAAACUUUACUGUAUAUGUCAAAAUUAACUUUAGUAUUAUCAUGUGCCAUGAAAUUUGAAUCAUAUCCGCAUGAUACGCAAAUAUGUUCGAUGAUGAUCGAAAGUUUAUCGCAUACGGUUCAAGAUCUGGUUUUCAUAUGGAAUAUGACUGAUCCGUUAGUUGUGAAUGCGGAAAUUGAACUGCCACAAUUGGAUAUAUCAAAUAAUUAUACCACAGAUUGCACUAUCGAAUAUUCAACAGGUAACUUCACCUGUUUGGCGAUUGUAUUCAACUUAAAGCGACGUUUGGGUUAUCAUCUUUUUCAUACUUAUAUACCUUCAGCCCUGAUUGUGGUCAUGUCAUGGAUAUCAUUUUGGAUAAAACCAGAAGCAAUACCAGCCCGCGUCACAUUAGGCGUUACAUCAUUGUUAACUUUGGCCACACAAAAUACGCAGUCGCAACAAUCACUGCCACCGGUCUCUUAUGUGAAGGCGAUCGAUGUCUGGAUGUCAUCGUGUUCGGUAUUUGUAUUCCUAUCAUUAAUGGAAUUUGCAGUAGUUAAUAAUUACAUGGGCCCGGUAGCCACCAAAGCUAUGAAAGGCUAUUCAGAUGAAAAUAUACAUGAUUUGGAUGAUUUAAAGAAUCAUCAUCGUGAGUCCAUUAUUGAGCCACAAUAUGAUACGUUUUGUCAUGGUCAUGCCACGGCAAUAUAUAUCGAUAAGUUUUCACGUUUCUUUUUCCCAUUUUCGUUUUUCAUAUUAAAUAUUGUUUAUUGGACAACAUUUCUAUAGAAUUUAUUUGCUUUUACUUAGGUUUUGUAAAUUUUUUUUAAGAAAAACAUAUUAAGCAAAUUAUAUUCGUAUUGGCGCAAAUCUUUCAUCAUACCCAUCCAUCAGACGCAUGAAAAUUGUAAAGUAUUUUGUUACAUUUGCUUACGUCAACUGCAAGUUUUUGUUAACGUUGAUCUUUAUGCAUGAAGAACGAGAAGACGAGUGUGUCGACGACUCACCAGCAUAUAAUGGUUGUAUUGAUAAAAAAUUUUGAACAUCCAAUUAAACUCUAGACGAAUCUUCUAUAAAAAAAGAAAAAAAAAAAAAACUCAACCCAACAAAAUAUGAAAAAUCUUACUUCUUCAUAAGUAUUUCUCGUGCAGUUCGUUAAAAGAAAAGAAUUCAGCUAAGUGUUUAUCCAAAAUUAUAUUGCAUUUUUCAAUCCACAGACCUAAAGCCAUUUCCAUUACAGGCUUUUUUUUGAAUACUUUUGGGUGUGAAACGCACAGACGAUACC